GAGCAUCACCAUACAAAAAGGGAAGAACUCAAAUGGAAUUUCAUACCCCAAAACAUCAUUCCUUAUCCUCUCUCUCAUACAACACAAACACAGAGAUGAAAUAACAAAGGUACAAAAUGGGUAUCGCAACUUUCGAUCUUUCCACUUACCCAUCUCAUAGUUUCUAGCCUUUCACUCCCUCUCAUCUCAAAUUCUUCUCUCUGACAAAGCUACGUAUAAGCACCACAGAUACGGGUCUCAUUCAUCCAUGGCUUCCAUUUCUCCACCCACUCCUCAUCAGCUCUUCUUCUCUACCCUCAAAUUCCAACACCCAACUCCAUUUUUGAAACCAUAUGCUCCAUCUCCGCCAUCCCAAUACCAUACCAUCUGCCACUGCCACAACCCUGAUUCUCCUUCUCCGUCUGAACCUUCCCUUCCAUGGGGAUGGGGCUCUGCACUUCAGGACCUCUUUCAAACGACUUUCAGACGUUUCGAUUCUCUGGUGAACAACCGUAACGAUGGCUCUAAGGACACGUGUCCCGACGGUGAGGCUCUGCAGGGGCGGGGGGGUGUAGUUGGAGAUGACAAGAAAGAUGUGGACGAUGAUCGGAGUUGGGAUUGGGAUCGGUGGCGCAAGCAUUUUGAUGAGGUCGACGAACAGGAACGCCUCGUUUCUUUUCUUAAGUCGCGCAUAAGUCAUGCGGUAUAUGCAGAGGACUAUCAGGAUGCUGCUAGGCUCAAGGUGGCGAUUGCGGCUUUGGCUACAAACGAUACUGUUGGCAGAGCAAUGUCUUAUCUUCAUAGAGCUAUAGAGGAGGAGCGGUACCAUGAUGCAGCCUUCAUCCGGGACAAUGCUGGUGCUGGGUUGGUUGGAUGGUGGUCUGGCAUUUCAAAAGACAAAAACAAUUCUCGUGGUCUGAUUAUUCGAAUAACUGCUGAACAUGGAAGAUAUGUUGCUAGAAGUUACAGUCCUCGACAGCUUGCCACAGCUGCAGAUGGUGUCCCCUUGUUUGAGAUUUUUCUCAGAAUGAACAAAAUGGGCGAAUAUAAACAGCAGGCUGUGUACUUGAAGCGAAAAGGAGUUUUAUCUGAUAAUUCAAAUGGUCCAUUUAAAGGAUUAGAUUCACCUAGUGUAUUGAAUCCCUUGGACCCCAUUGAAGAAAAAGACGAUCUUAUCAUUAUAGGUGGUGAAGAAGCUGAAGAUGGUGACAUUAGGAAUGAAGAUUCUGAUAUAGCUGUUGGAUUUCCGGUCUUUCAGAAUAUCUUGAGAGAUAUGAUUCCUGGAGUGAAGGUCAAGGUUUUGAAGCUGUCAACUCCUGGAAAGGUUGACAAAGAUGUGAUAUCUAAGGUGAUUGAGCAAAUAAUUGAAGAGGAAGAAGAUGAAGAAGAGGAAGAGGAGGAAGAGGAGGACGAUGUAGAGAGUGAGAAAGAUACUGACUUUGAAGAUUUGGAAGUGGAAGAUAAGAUUAAGGAUGACCACCAAGAGAAAGAUGCUGGCUUGGAUGCUGAUGAUGGCUUCCUUGAAAAUCAGGGACGAAAUGAAGUUGCCAUCAAAAUCAUUGUUGGUGGUUUAGUGCAGAAGCUUUCUGGGGGUGUUUCUUCUAAAAAUGUACUCAGAGUGCCUGCAAAGUUAGACAGGAAGGGACGUUCUUCAUUUUCUUUCUCCAUUGAGAAUGUUGUGAAUGAGCAUGACUCCCUUGGAAAGGAAAUAAAGUCAUUGGAUAGGAAGUCCAAGCCUCAAGGUCAAGGUAGUAUUGACCAUGUUAUGCUUGAUUUAGCCAAAUUUGUUGGCAAAGAGAAGAUACCAUUGAAGGCACUCAAAGAUUUGAGUGAGUUAAUAAAGCUAUCCAUCAGCCAGGCACAAAACUAUCAACCUCUUUCUGGAUCUACCAGUUUCAAUCGCAUUGAAAUUCCUGCUUCUUCAGAUCCUCUUAAUGGACUGUACAUAGGGGCACAUGGAAUAUAUACAUCAGAAAUUAUUCAUCUAAGACGCAGAUUUGGUCGAUGGCAAGAGGAUGGAGGAGGGGAUAAGGAGCCUUCAAAGCUUGAAUUUUAUGAAUAUGUAGAAGCCUGGAAAGUUAUUGGGGAUCCAUAUGUACCCGCUGGAAAGGUGGCAUUUCGGGCAAAGGUCGGAAAAAGAUACCAGCUUCCUCAUAAAGGGAUCAUUCCCGAAGAAUUUGGAGUGGUGGCUAGAUAUAAAGGACAAGGUAGGCUAGCUGAGCCAGGUUUUCGCAAUCCACGAUGGGUUGAUGGUGAACUUGUUAUUCUUGAUGGAAAGUACAUCAAAGGGGGACCUGUCGUUGGAUUUGUUUAUUGGGCUCCUGAAUUUCAUUUCCUGGUGUUUUUUAAUCGGUUGAGGCUGCAAGAGUAGAUUUCAUCUUAUUUUAACCUGAAAUCUCGUGCUUGUCAAUUCACAUUUGUGCUUCCACCGAUUCUUUAAGGGUGUAUGAAAGCUUGUCCCUAGGUAGGUGCAGCUUCCAGGAUAGUGAAGGGUUGAAGUAAGGCACCCUCGCCAAAUCGCAUAGAGUUAUGGUUGUAAAGCAGUUUUAGAGGAUUUAAAGCCCUCGUUUAAAGAUAAGCAGUUUAGCAGCAGGCAAAGCGAGUCAUUGGUUAUCCAACCGACUUAUCACCCUGGUCUGACAAACUUGAUCACCAAAGCUUAGUCCACGCUGACAGUUGGUACUCUUGAUUUCUUCCUUCUCUGGGCAAUUCUUUCCGUGCUUUUGUAUAUAUUAAUCUGUUCUCUUGCUCCAUCAAUUCUUAACCAUCAAGUUUUGUGGUUUGAGAUAUCACUUAGCUAUACUUAUUUAUAUAAGCUGUAGUAGAUUGAGAUGUCAUUUGUAAGACAGGUUUUCUGGAGGUUAUCUAAGUGUAUGUACCCUUAAUCCAGUUUGAAGCUGGAACAAUAUCCAUUAGAUCCAUCUGUUAAUAUUAUGACAAAUUAUUAGUAUUUUGAUCAGUCGUACUACUUACCACUCUUGUAA